CAUUAAAGCACGUUCGGAAUAUUUUCAUUGUCAUUUACGACACGCAAUCUCUUCUCGAUGUCGCAGCCCUUUUCUCUUCCAGUGUUCAUUCCAUAUAAUAUAUAUAAUUAUCAAUUGUAUUCAUUCCCAUCCAUUCACUUUAACUACCGUUAAAUGUGCAUUCGUACAAAUAAUCCAUGUGAAACGCUUUGGAUUCAUAAUAGGUAUGUUCACAAAAGCAUAACUUAACGAUGAAAUCAAAAGCAAUCGGAAGAAGUUUCCUAAAAACAAGAUUCUCUGAAAGGAAGUAAAUUAAACAAACGCAGUGAUUCAAAAAUGGCAGGUUCCGCAUUGCUUGCGGUUGCGUUUGACUUUGGUACAACAUACAGUGGCUACGCUUUCUCGUUCAGGAAUGACCCGUUGAAAGUCCAGACUAACCAAGGAUGGAUAGCUGGAAGCGAUCAGCUUAUCUCACUAAAAACACCAACGUGUGUUCUACUCAAUUCAAGUGGGCAAUUCGACUCGUUUGGGUUUGAAGCUGAAAAUAACUUUGCUACACUUGCAGAAGACAAUAAACACCAUGGCUGGCUAUUGUUUCGAAGAUUUAAAAUGAUUCUUCACAGCAAUGAGAAUCUGUCAAGAUCGACCACUGUUGAAGAUAUAAACGGAAAAUCAAUGCCAGCAUUGACAAUUUUUACAAUGUCCAUAAAGUUUCUAAAAGAACAUUUCACUGAUGCACUUAACAAACAAAAGACUGGGAUUGAGGACAAAGAUAUACAAUAUGUUAUUACUGUACCUGCCAUAUGGAAUGAUAAUGCAAAGCAGUUUAUGCGUGAAGCAGCAGAAAAGGCUGGCAUAGAAAAAGCACACCUAAAACUGUCUUUUGAACCAGAAGCAGCAUCUAUUUGGUGUCAGACAAUUACUACAGAUGUCCAGGAGACAUGGUCUAAAGCAGGGAGACAAUACAUGGUGAUCGAUCUCGGAGGAGGUACUGCAGAUAUAUCUGUGCAUGAGAAACAAAUCGAUAACACAUUAAAGGAACUCCACAAAGCAAGCGGUGGUCCAUGGGGAGGAACAGUUGUUGACGACAAUUAUCUAGAAUUCCUGACCAAUAUAUUUGGGAAAAACACUAUUCAGAGAUUUAAAGACGAACAAAUGGAAGACUACUUUCAAUUGCUUAGAGAAUUCGAAAUAAAAAAGAGAAGCAUUAAACCCGAAUCAAAUGGUAUGAUAACAUUCAGGCUGUCUGCAUCACUAAAAGAGCUCUAUCAGAAGGGAAACAAACAAUCAUUAGAGAAGAAACUUGCAAAGUUGAGAUUGUCAGAUAGGGUAACAUUUACCGGCGACAAAUUGAGAGUUGAAGCUUCCGUCAUUAAAAAGUUGUUUGAGUCCCCGAUCGAUAGCAUGAUUGAACAUGUGCAACAGAUUCUUGCAAAACCAAAUAUGCAAAAAGUCGAAACAAUCCUUUUAGUUGGUGGGUUUAGCGAGUGUAAAUUAGCACAAGACUUAAUACAGAAAGAAUUACAGCACAAGAGAGUCAUUAUCCCAGAAGAAACAGGCCUUGUCGUUCUAAAAGGUGCAGUACGGUUUGGACAUUUUCAGAAUAUUGUACGUUCGAGAAUAAUGACCCACACGUAUGGACUGUCUGUCGUUGAAGAUUUUGUCGAGAGGAAACAUAAAAAUGCCAAAGUAAAAUUCAUAAAUGGUCAAAAACAUGCUGAUGAUGUAUUCUGGAUUAUGAUUCGAGCUGGAGAAGAGGUAAAAAUCGGCAAAGUAAUUUCUAAAGGUCCAUUCACACCAGUUGCUCCUGACAGGUCGUCAGUUAUUGUAUAUUGUACAGAAGAAAUGGAUCCUGAAUACACAACAGACAUCGGUUGCAAAUACAUGGGAACGGUAGUAGUAGACCAUGCAAAUGGCAGAUCGGAAAAGGAUAAUCAACUAGAGAUCUCUUUUAUAUUUGGUGACACUGAACUUUUCGUAAAAACUGUUAAUAUCAGAACGAAAGAACAAUUUUCUUCGUAUAUGGACUGUCUAUAAAAAAGAUGGUCGUCUAUUCUACAAAUGUAUAAAACUUUAGCAUCCAAAUAAUUUGCAAACUUUGUUUUGCAUGCAAAUACCUUCUGUAUUUAAAAUAAUAAAUAGAAGUGAAAAUGUUAAGUAAAACGAGUUAUGAUGAUACAUUUUCUCGACUAUUUCUUUUUGUUAUUUGUUUAAUAUUCAAUAAGGAGCAAUUGAUGCAAUGCUUCAGCCUUUAAAGUCAUCUCUAGAAUUUGACUAUUUUCAUGGAACGUUUGGUUAUUGCUUUUUAAGAAACG